UUAUCAGCAUGUUUAUUGGUAAUCUUAUGCGGGGCAGGAGUUUCUCCCUUGGGGAUACUUAAACAGGCAGUUCAAUAUGUGGAACGUCGCAAUCAAUUGGGCUUGGCUUUUUAUAGACCUUACCUACCUGUAAAUGGUUUUUACCCUGUCAACCUAGUUUCUGAGGAUGUAAAAGCUGGCGAUGCGGUUGCGCUCUGCAUAUCUAUGAGUAUCAACUUCAGCAGGCAAUAAGCGCGGGUCCUAGGAGGUUGACUUCCGUCGCCUUCAAUUAGAAUCGUGCUAUACGCGUAAGCUCAUGACAUCAGCGACAAUGAGACUAUCUGUAUGUCUUAGCGGCAUAGUCCUCGCGGGAAUAACGCGCGCCCAGUCCGAAAACGAAACCGGGGAACAUCCAGGAUGGCCGCGAUGGUGCGGAAAAGUGUACGAAGCCGGAUAUCCGUCUUUCGAGCCAGGCGGUCACACGACAGAGCCAGCUCCCAUCAACCCGGACGGGUCGCCAAACUUGUACGUGCAAUUCAAGCCGCGGCAUAGUAUUUACCUAGCUGGCGAGGAAAGAGGAUCCUUCGUUGUCAAGGCCGAGCUGUCGCCUUGGUUUGGCGAGCCGUGGGAGAAUUCGACAACUAACGAAAAGUCGGCGACGGAACCGUUUACGGAUCUGUACUUCUCGAUUAGCCUGGCAUCCAAUAGCGGCGAGGGUGAUACACCACUAGUCGAGGGUAGCGUGCCGAUUAAUGCAACUGGUUCAGGUUUUGAUUUCGACCUGUCUGUUUUCGAACCGCGAUCAACAUCAUAUGAAGUCGUACUAGUCGGGACGUCGCAGCUUGGUGGCCGUAGCUAUACGGCGAAUAGCUCGUUUCGGUAUCUGCCGGAUAUCGCCUCAGGAGGGAGCGCGACCAAGAUUGACAACCUGAACGGCGGUCUAUUAUUCCGAAAUGCGCAAACAGACGAUGCCUUCGUACCUCUUCUACCGUACGGGUUCUACGGCUUAUACAACGGAUCUAAUAGUACAGCUGAGAGUGACGAAUUCGUUCGCGACUACUCCAGUAGCGGAAAAGGUCUCAAUGCUAUCAUCUCCUUGGCGGGAUUUGCCGAUACCAAUCCGGUGUACGACAGCAUGGACGCAUCUACCACGCGAUUCAUGUUCGAUCUACGUAGUUCAUAUAAAAACUUAACGGAGGUCACACAGCGGGUGAGCACUAUCAAGCAUCAUAGCUCCCUGUUUGCUUACUGGACGGCCGACGAACCCGACGGCUGGCAAGUUCCUUUCGACGCUACGCCUGCAGCUCAGGAGCUCAUUCACGAUCUAGACCCGUAUCAUCCUGUAGCAGUAACUCUCAACUGCCAAGACUACUACUUUGGAGAGUAUUCGGCCGGCGAUAUUCUAAUGCAAGAUCCGUAUCCGAUCGCAAUCAAUAGCACAUUCUCCAAGUGGGGUACGGCAUGUAAUACGACCCUGGGGGACUGCGGGUGUGAUAACUGUGCGGGUAACCCGCAGGAUGUCUCGCGUCGUCUCGACGGCCUGGUCCAAUACGAACGCUGGCUGGGCCGGUGGCCGCUACCCAAGUUCCACAACCCGCAAGCUUUCCACGGCGAGGACUACUGGGCCCGCGAUCCGACACCUGCUGAAGCCUUCGUCAUGAACGCGCUAGCAUUCAACCGAGGCGCCACCGGUAUCUUCGCCUGGACGUGGCCCACCAGCCAGGAAUUAUUCGAUGCGCACUCGCAGAUGGCGGCGGUGGUUACUAGUACUCCCGUGAGGGACUUCUUGCUCGGCGGUCAGCCCGACGGUAGUAUUCGCAUUGAUAACCAGGAGCUACUUGAUAUAAGCUACUGGGUACGGGAAACCCAAAUCAUGAUCAGCGUAGUAAACGGAGCGUACGGCGACAUUAGCGGACCGGUCUCGAUAACGCUACCAGAGCCCGGAGAGCGUAUCGCAGAUGUACCAUUUGGAGAUCAGUCGUGGAGCCUGGCGGACGGUCAAUUGAUAGCUGACAAGCUGCCUGCUAUGUCGACAAGCCUUGUCAUCAUUGAUAAAAAGUAAAAGUAGGAUCAUACCUACAUAUGACUAGCAUCCCAAGCAACCAAUAAACGUGCCGCCUUGAAAUAGUGCUUCAGCCUGCUUCUCUAUGUUACAUCCGUGCUAUCAUACCGGUAUAGGUAUAAGCGUAACAACAGCAUCUAUUCUCGGUUUG